UAUAUAUAGUUCAUGCGUGUUUUUGUUCAUGAUGGUGGCUGGAAAAUAGAUUCUCUCUCACUUCUCACUCUUUCUUUCUCUUUCUUUUCAUUCAGUUAAAAACAUUCGGUGGUAAACUGUGUUGAAACAAUCAAUUACGACACAGCUAAAAUAAAAAAACAAAAUUAGAAUUGAAAAAGAAUGAAAAGAAAGCUUGAAUUUUGUGGUGAAGAAACAAAUAAUAAUUCUACAAAUAACAAUCCAAACAACAACAACCACAACGAUAAUCAAAACAAAAUAAAAAUUGAUGAAAAAACAACAAUGAUGAUGAAUGAUGCAACAUCGUUUGUUUCUUCAGCGGAUGUUUUAUUGGAAAAAGAAAAUCAACAACAUCAUAAACAACAACAGAAUAAACGAUCAACCACCAACACAACAUUGGAUAAUGGUGAUAAAAUAAAAUUUUUAGAAAAUAAAAAUGGUUUAGAACGUUCAACACAAAUUCAACGAAAUACAGUGGCAAAAAAAUUGGUUAUUAAAAAUUUUGAAAGUCCAAAAUUACCGGAUGAUUAUCUUCAACAAACAUGGUCAAAUUUAGAAAAGGCAAUCAUUGCCAUACAAAUGUCCAAAUCGGUCAAUAUUUCCAAUGAAGAAUUAUAUCAAGAAGUACAGAAUUUAUGUUCACAUAAAAUGUCAUCAAUCAUUUAUCAACGAUUACGUUCAUUGAUUGAAAUUUAUGUUAAAAAUAGUGUUUUUCAAUAUGUUGAACCGAUUAAUGAAAAUAUAACAUUUCUUAAAAUGUUGGAAAAAUGUUGGAAUGCUUAUUGCGAUCAAAUGAUAAUGAUCCGGUGUAUAUUUCUUUAUUUGGAUCGAACAUAUGUUCUUCAAAAUUCACAAAUUUCAUCAAUAUGGGAUAUGGGAUUGGAAAUUUUUCGUGAAAAUAUGACCAAUAAUAAUGUUGUGAAAAUGAAAUUACAAGAUUUUCUUUUGGAUCUAAUAACACGUGAAAGAAAUGGUGAAAAAAUUGAUUGUAUUCUGAUUAAAAAUAUUCUACGAAUGUUAAUCGAUUUAUCCAUUUAUAUUGAUCUUUUUGAAUCAAAAUUCCUUAAACAAACACAACAACUUUAUCAAAUUGAAUCGGAAAGAAAUAUUUCAAUAAUGGGUAUUAGUGAAUAUCUUUCAUAUAUUGAAAAACGUUUGAAUGAAGAAAAUGAACGUUUAUUAUCAUAUUUGGAUCAUUCAACAUCGAAAAAAUUAAUACCAAUUGUGGAAAAAGAAUUGAUACAAAAUCAUUUGGAUAAAUUAUUUAAUAUGAAUUUUGAACAUUUAAUUGAUGAACAUCAAUUAGAUUUUCUACGGUUAGCAUUCAAUUUAAGUUCAAGAGUACCGGAUGGUUCAAAUAAAUUAUGUAAUCAAUUUAAUCAAUAUAUAAAAACAAAAGGAAAGGCUAUUGUUAGUUCAUCAACACUUGAACAUGAUAAAAAUAUGGUACAAGAAUUAUUGAAUUUUAAAGAUCGUAUCGAUGAAAUUGUUUGUAAAUGUUAUUCAAAUAGUACAAAAUUUAUUAAUUCGGUUAAAGAAGCAUUCGAAUGUUUUAUUAAUCAACGUGCAAAUAAACCAGCAGAAUUGAUUGCAAAAUUUGUUGAUUUAAAAUUACGUGCCGGUAAUAAAGAAUGUGGUGAUGAAGAAUUGGAACGUUUAUUGGAUAAAGUAAUGGUUCUAUUUCGUUUUAUACAUGGUAAAGAUAUUUUCGAAGCAUUUUAUAAAAAAGAUUUAGCCAAACGUUUAUUGAUUGGUAAAUCAGCAUCAGUUGAUGCUGAAAAAUCUAUGUUACUCAAAUUAAAACAAGAAUGUGGUAGUGCAUUUACAUCCAAACUGGAAGGAAUGUUUAAAGAUAUGGAACUGUCACGUGAGCUGAUACCAAGUUUUAAACAACAUUUACAUAAUUUAAUGCCCGAUGCAUCAAUCGAUAUGACUGUAUUUAUAUUGACAACUGGUUAUUGGCCAACAUAUCAACCGAUGGAUAUUCUGAUGCCACCAGAAUUAUUAAAAUAUGAAGAAACAUUUAAAGAAUUUUAUAUAUCCAAACAUUUAGGUCGUAAACUACAAUGGCAACGUAAUCUUGGACAUUGUGUUUUAAGAGCUAAUUUUUUAAAAGGUGCCAAAGAAUUACAAGUAUCAUUUUUUCAGGCAAUAGUUUUAUUAUUAUUCAAUGAUAAUAAUAUUGAUGAAUUAAGUCUUGAACAAAUUCGUACAAAAACAAUGAUUGAAGAUAGUGAAUUACGUCGUACAUUACAAUCAUUAGCAUGUGGUAAAGCACGUGUUAUAACCAAAAUACCAAAAGGACGUGAUAUUAUUGAUAAUGAUCGUUUUAUAUUCAAUAGUGAAUUUAUAAAUAAAUUAUUUCGAAUUAAGAUAAAUCAAAUUCAACUGAAAGAAACGCCAGAAGAAAAUGAAACAACACAGGAACGUGUAUUUCAAGAUCGUCAAUAUCAAAUUGAUGCUGCUGUGGUGAGAAUAAUGAAAACACGGAAAAAAUUACCACAUAAUCUGCUUAUUUCGGAAAUUUAUAAUCAAAUUAAAUUUCCAGCUACGCCAACUGAAAUGAAAAAACGAAUCGAUAGUCUAAUCGAACGUGAUUAUCUAAUUCGUGAUCGACAUUCAACAAAUAUUUAUCAUUAUGUUGCCUGAAGAUUUGUUUGUUUUAAAAUAUUUAGAAAUCUUAAAGUUGUAAA